GUGUUAUCCAAUCAGGGUUGACAGUGUUACUGAGUGGGCGGGCUGUCCUCUGUGUUGUGCUGUAGCAAGAUCAACGAUUUUGGUUUUGUUUUCGUUGUUAUCCUGCUGCUGAACUCUAUCGUUCGGCUGAUCAUUCAGUAAAACAGUCGCAAAACUUACAGAGUACACAGGUAAUUGCAUUGACUGCUGCUCGAUGGAAAUAGUGUAACCAUGUUCAGUUUUGAGGGCGAUUUCAGGAGAACACCUAAGGUGUCCCUUGGGGGUGCAAGCAGAAAAGAGGAGAAAGCAUCACUUCUUCAUCGAACACAGGAAGAAAGAAGAAAAAGGGAGGAUGAAAGGAAAAGACUUAAAAACGCAAUCAUCAUUCAGUCCUACAUAAGGGGAUACCAAGACCGGAAACAGCAAUAUGCCAUUCAGAGGGGCCACUUUGACCACUGUGUGUGUCAGUGCCAGUCCGGCUCCGGCCCUCAACUAGCAGAUAGUGGAACUCUCAGCCAACUAGUUUGCCAGCUUCUCUUUUUUUACAGAAUGAGUGAGGACACACAGAGAAUGAUCUGGAUGUGUCAGAGUUUGAUAAAGCACCAUGCACAGUUUGUCAAGUUGCUGGCUGGGCCAGAAAGACAGAGUUGUCUGUUUCAGAUCAAAAGGAUACUGGGACACUGUUGCAGGCUGCUACAAGCAUGUAAAGAAGACAGUUUGAAUGUGGCAGUCCCGAUGCGGAUGCUAGAGGUCUUCUCCGCUGACACAACAUACUUACCUGUUCUAGAAGAUGCAAACUGUGUCACUGCUCUUAUUGAGCAAAUUUUGCACUAUAUGAUUCAGAAAGGAUACUACCGUUUUCUGUACAUUUUAGUGAAUCACAAGUUGCCAUCAAGUCUGGAGUACAGUGACGCCCCCUCAAUUCCACUGGCACACACACUGCUAGAACAUAUACUCAAGCCUUUGCACUUUACAUAUGGCUCCUGCUCCCCAGAUGCCAGGCAAUUUGUGUUUUCGGCCUUCACUGAGGAGUUCAUCUCGGCGCCUUUUACUGAACAAAUCUAUAAUUUCUUCGUGCCAGCUCUGGCAGACUCAAGACUAGCUUUCCCUUUCCAGAACUUCCUAUGGUCACUCCAGGCCACCAUAACCUCUUCCUCCCAGGCCCAAGCUCAUGCUCCCUGGCUCUUUUACUUUGUACUGUCUGUUGGAGAAACAGGACUGAGUUCACUUUCAGAGGAAGGGUUGCUGUUGUACUUGAAGGCUCUACAGACUUUGUUGCCCUUGUUGCCAGUGACCGAAUGCAACAGUAGAGCCGAUAUCAACAGUGACUCAGAAGAUGAAGAAGAAAUGAGCAUACAGCCUCCUGCUGCACAAGAUGGUAGUUGGAUAUCUGUGCAUUACAUAACAGAGGAAUGUGUGCAGAAGUUGGACACCAAGCAGCAGACUAACACUUUGUUAACAUUAGUGUGGAGAGACUCAGCAAGUGAAGAUAUCUUCACCAUGAUGGCCUCCAUCUGUCACACACUGAUGGUGCAACACCGUAUGAUGGUGCCCAGAGUCAGGCUUUUGUACAGCUUAGCUUUUAAUGCUCGCUUUCUGAGACAUCUCUGGUACUUAAUCACAUCUAUGAAAACUAAAAUGAUCACAGGGUCCAUGGUUCCUCUGUUGCAGGUGAUGUCUCGAGGUUCUCCAAUGUCUCUAGAGGAUUCCAACAGGAUCAUCCCUCUAUUCUAUCUCUUCAGUUCACUCUUCAGUCAUUCACUCAUCUCUGUCCAUGACAGCGAGUUUUUUGGCAGCACAGUGGAUGGUCAGAGCCAGCCUUCGAUGAUGCCAUUCUCUUUGGUAGAGUUGGUAACUUUGUCUCGUUGUUUGCGGGAUGCGUGUCUGGGCAUCAUCAAGCUGGCGUAUCCUGAGACUAAGACGGAUCACAAAGAGGAGUAUGUAGCAGCGUUUCGAAGUGUUGGGGUGAAAACUAACAGCCAGGUGCAGCAGCGCAUUCAGGCUCAACAGAAACGAUGGGUCCAGCUUUUUAAGGUGAUUACCAACCUUGUGAAAAUGUUGAAAGCAAGAGACAUUCGAAGACCAUUCUGUCCUUCGGGUCAUUGGCUGUCGAAUGAGGUCAACAUCAGGGCAGAUAAGGUGACUCAGCUCUAUGUACCUUCUGCAAGACAUGUGUGGAGAACCAGGAGAAUGGGGCGCAUCGGACCUCUUCAGUCCACAUUAGAUGUUGGUCUAGAGCCUCCACCACUGUCAGUAUCAGAGGAAAGACACUUGGCUAUCCUCACUGAACUACCAUUUGUUGUUCCCUUUGAGGAAAGAGUAAAGAUUUUCCAGAAGUUAAUCUAUGCUGAUAAACGAGAGGUGCAGGGAGAGGGCACUUUUUUGGAUGGCGUUAAUAUUACCAUUCGACGGAACUACAUCUAUGAAGAUGCAUAUGAUAAAUUAUCUCCUGAGAAUGAGCCUGAUCUAAAGAAGAGAAUCAGAGUUCAUCUACUCAAUGCUCAUGGGUUGGAUGAAGCUGGAAUCGAUGGUGGAGGAAUAUUUAGAGAGUUCUUAAAUGAGCUGCUGAAAUCAGGCUUUAACCCUAACCAAGGCUUCUUUAAGACAACUAAUGAAGGGCUUCUUUACCCGAGCCCCACUGCAGAGAUGCUUGUAGGAGAAUCCUUUACCCGUCACUACUAUUUCCUUGGCAGGAUACUUGGAAAGGCACUGUAUGAAAACAUGCUGGUGGAGUUGCCGUUUGCCAGUUUCUUCUUGUCGAAGAUCCUAGGCACAAGUGCUGAAGUGGACAUCCAUCAUUUGGCUUCUUUGGACCCGGAGAUGUACCGAAACCUGCUUUUCCUCAAGAGCUAUGAGGGUGAUGUUGAAGACCUCGGACUUAACUUUACUGUGGUCAACAAUGAUCUCGGGGAGGCACAGGUGGUUGAGCUCAAACCAGGGGGAAAGGACAUCCCGGUAACUACGGCCAACAGGAUAGCCUACAUCCAUUUAGUGGCCGAUUACCGUCUAAACAAACAGAUCAGAGCACACUGCCUGGCUUUUCGGCAGGGUCUGGCCAACGUGGUCAACCUGGAAUGGCUGCGCAUGUUUGAUCAGCAGGAAAUUCAGGUACUGGUUUCUGGUGCACUUGUGCCUAUCUGUCUGGAGGACCUGAAGAAAUUCACUAACUACUCAGGUGGUUAUUCAGAAACUCAUCCCGUGAUUAAAAUCUUCUGGGACGUGGUGGACAGUUUCAGCGAUGAGGAGAAACGCAAGCUGCUCAAGUUUGUUACAAGCUGCUCACGACCUCCACUCUUAGGCUUCAAGGAGCUCUAUCCAGCCUUUUGCAUCCAUAAUGGUGGUACCGAUCUGGACCGUCUCCCUACCGCUAGCACUUGCAUGAACCUUCUAAAGCUGCCUGAGUUCUGUGACCCUCAGCAGAUGAGGAACAAGCUACUCUAUGCUAUUGAAUCCUCUGCUGGAUUUGAGCUUAGCUGAGAAAUGCGUUGUCUCCUGAUGGAACCAAGACAAGAAGCUGUGGCCUUUGUCACGGUGAUCAAACAGGAGGUCAUCACAAUGGACAGACCGCGUGUCUGCUGUGACUCUGCAGAAGGUGUUGGGAUAUAAAAACAAGAAAUGCAAACAGACAGAUUGAAGUUGUGGCAUGGACAACGACAUGCUCAUUUUUAUUUCAAAGUGACUGUACUUGUAAAUAAUGGAAUGACAUUAUAAAUUCAAAGCAGCAUUUAAAACCUUUAGUGGUCAAAAGCACCGACAUUCAAAUGUCAUCCUCAGUGUUGGAGAUGAGGGGGAAGCGAAAUAAAAAAAUGGCAGCACAAAAUUUUACCAGAUUUUUACUUUGGUUUGCAUUAGUAAAUGCAAAGGCUGUUGUUUUAAGACCAUUUUUACACUUUCAAUUGCUCCCUGUCACCAGUGUUGUGCGGCUGCUAAUAAAGAUGCACGCGUUCAUCGCAUUUCGCAGACCUGAAAACCAAUUAAAACUUAAGUUUCUUCAGUAUAACAGCAUGCCUGAAACAGUUUUAUUACAUGAGGUACACUAUACUUGGUUCAAGGACAUGCCAAAGUACCAUUCAAAAUGUGCACGCCUUGAAACACGGGGCUGUUAGCAUAGCAUCUGCUGAAUAUUAAUUUUCCUGCUUAAAAAUGAUUUUAUGGCUAAUGUGCCACCAACAGUGGAGUUUAAUAGAUUUGAGUCAUGGAAGUCAAAACCUUGACGUGUAAGGUUAACAGGCGGUUAAACAGUAGCACGUGUCAGAAAAUGGUGUGUAGUCAUCUUGUUUUAAUCAUGUGAUAAUAAGAGAAAUUAAACUUUUUGAUUCUGCUAGACUUUUAUCUAGAAUGAAAUUAAAUUACACUUGGAACAAAUAGGUAUUUUUUCUCAGCACUGUAAAAUAGGACAUUCACUUUGAAAUUAAAACUGCUACGAUUAACAGGCCCAUAUACAGUGUAUAAGAUUCCAGGCUUAAGGUUAUGUGUCCAUUGUGUUUCCAUAAAGUAAUUGUAUAAUUAUAUAUUCCACACAUUGGGCAUUGUCAUUAUGCAUUUUGUUUAAUGCAUAAUGAUACUGACAUUUGUGCAAUAAAGUAAAAACAGAGUAACUGAGGACUGGUAAGUUGUUUUUUUAGAUAAGUGGUUCAGGGUUUUUUGUAAAAUUGUUAAAUGAACUGCUAAAUGAAGGAAAACUCCAAAACCAACACAUGCCUUUUGAACACUAAUGUCUGCUGUAGCACAUAAUUCAGUAAUCUAAAGAAAAUUUAAGUAUUUUCUGUAUUCCCAAAUCGCUUUUUUGCUGCUCCUGCUGGCUUCAACAGAGGUGUAAGGAGAUUAUAGCAGAAAGGUAAUGAUGUUGAAUAUGUAUGUCUACAUCUUUUAAAUCAUUUCUACAAACCUUUGUUUUCUUGUUAUUAGUAAUUGAUCAAGCAACAUGUCUUUUAACAUCCAUGUAUAAGAAAAAAAAAAGGAUGUUAACAUCAUACAGGUGCUAAACAUCCAGUUGUUCAUGAAUGUUUGUUGAUGAUUCUUGAUGUUGAAAGGCAGAGACAUGCAAAGUUGUGUGUAAAAAUUUUACCGUUUCUAAUUUUACCAGUGUAUGUGUCAUAUUUUUGUUUUAAAUGACAAACCCUCUAUACAAAGAAAAGUGUUCAAUUUAUGUAUCAGUGUAUGGCAAUGAUUAAACAUGUUUUGAGUUUUUAUUUGCA